UCACCCACCCCUUCUCCGUCCCACAUUUGCGCUCCUUCUCUGGCACCACUGGGGACGUGCCGUCCAUCCAGCGGGCCGCCCGGCGCUGUCCCCAGUACCCCAAGUCCUUAGAGAGGGUCUAGAACACCUCCCAGGGACUUUGGCGCGGGGGCGCUCACUAAAGGCAGACGGGCACUCUCUCUACUACCCCCUUGGUUCAUUUCUUGCGGUGACCCCACGGUCCGCCAACUUCGCGACCGGACUAUUUGCUGGGGUCACUCCCGGGCGGUGGAAGCCGCUCCGGGCAGCGGCGACCCGCGAUCGGGACUCAGGAGCCGGGCCGGUAGAUCCUGCCGGUGGCACUAGGGAGUGCGCGGCGCCAAGCGACACCCCCCUGCGGUCACUGCCCUGGCGGCAGCAGCUGCAGCAGCGGCAACUGCUCGCAUCCCAGCCCCGGCUCGGGUUACUCCCCUCCUCCUCCAGCAUCUCGGGCCAGACCGGGAAAACCUUGUUCAAGUUUGCGGCGAGUACUUUCCCCGUGCGCAAAACUAGGGGUCUGGAAACGCGCCGAGACCGGCCUCCUUUCCCGCGUGUCCACUUUGGAGCCUGAACGGAGACCCCCAGGUUGUUCUUCCAAAAAAAAAAAUGGUUAUCUCUUUGAACUCAUGCCUGAGCUUUAUCUGUUUCUCGUUAUGCCUCUGGAGCAGGACAGCAUCAUCCCUGAAUCUUGAAGACCCUAAUGUGUGCAGCCACUGGGAAAGCUACUCAGUGACUGUGCAAGAGUCAUACCCACAUCCCUUCGAUCAAAUCUACUACACCAGCUGCACUGACAUUCUGAACUGGUUUAAAUGCACACGGCACAGAAUCAGUUAUCGGACAGCCUAUCGGCAUGGGGAGAAGACUAUGUAUAGACGCAAAUCCCAGUGUUGUCCUGGAUUUUAUGAAAGCAGGGAAAUGUGUGUCCCCCACUGUGCUGAUAAAUGUGUCCACGGUCGCUGCAUUGCUCCAAACACCUGUCAGUGUGAGCCUGGCUGGGGUGGGAUCAACUGCUCCAGUGAAUAUG